GCGUCACCUUGUCGGCGUCAGGUAACACCCACCGAUCAGCUUUCCCUGGCUCCAUCCUUGGCUUGCGAGGGAAUGUGAGGCUUGGCCAGGAAACACACAGCAAAGCGCCAGCCACAGCAGCAGGUCCUUUGCUAGCUGCCGCCCUCCUUCGCCGCCUGACCCAGCUAAGAUGGGGGCAAAGCACUUGUUCUCCUUGAUCUUCCGGAAAGGUGCCUCCCCCCUACGCAUGAGCCGGAAAUACCAGCCGGUGGGCAGCAAAGAACCAGAAGAAGAGCCUGAAGAAGAAUCUGAACUGAAGUCAGUGGAAGAAGAGAAAGAGGUUACGGCCCUCCCUCCCAAAGAGGCUUGCAAACGCCAUACAGACGAGCUGGCAAAAAUGUUACAGGUCGAUAUACAGAAGGGACUGUCUGAAGUGUCAGUGCUGCACCGAAGGAUCAAGCAUGGCUGGAAUGAAUUUGUAAUAGAUAAUACGCAGCCUGUGUGGAAGAAAUAUCUAGACCAGUUUAAGAACCCCCUGAUCCUUUUGCUGCUGGCCUCCGCUUUAGUAAGUGUGGUCACUAAAGAAUACGAAGAUGCCGUGAGUAUUGCAAUGGCUGUCAUCAUCGUGGUGACUGUGGCCUUCAUCCAGGAGCACCGCUCUGAGAAAUCUCUGGAGGAACUCAACAAGUUAGUCCCACCAGAGUGUAACUGCAUGAGAGAGGGGAAACUGCAGCAUCUUCUUGCUCGAGAGCUUGUUCCCGGAGACAUUGUGUGCCUUUCUAUGGGAGACAGGGUUCCUGCAGAUGUCAGACUCAUAGAGGUUACAGAUCUGUUAGUGGAUGAAUCCAGUUUCACAGGGGAAGCAGAGCCCUGCAGUAAGAACGAUGGCAUCUUAGCAGAAGCUGGAGACCUGAUGACCCUCACCAAUGUCGCAUUUAUGGGAACUCUAGUACGAUACGGCAAAGGAAAAGGCAUUGUCAUUGGAACAGGUGAAAACUCACAGUUUGGGGAGGUAUUCAAAAUGAUGCAAGAAGAAGAGACCCCCAAGACUCCACUACAGAAAAGCAUGGACAAACUGGGGAAACAGCUUACUCUCAUUUCAUUUGGCAUCAUUGGUUUACUUAUGCUGAUUGGUUGGCUGCAGGGGAAGCAUCUUCUUGGCAUGUUCACCAUUGGAGUGAGCUUAGCGGUGGCUGCAAUCCCAGAGGGCCUCCCCAUCGUGGUCACGGUGACCUUAGUCCUGGGCGUCUUGAGGAUGGCCAAGAAACGAGUCAUUGUGAAGAAGCUGCCAAUUGUAGAAACUCUAGGCUGUUGCAAUGUUAUCUGCUCUGAUAAAACCGGGACCUUGACAGCCAAUGAAAUGACUGUCACUCAGCUCAUCACCUCGGAUGGAUUCAAGGCAGAGGUGAGCGGGGUUGGGUACAACGGAGAAGGAGAUGUGUGUCUCUUACCCUCCAGAGAAGUCAUCAAAGAAUUUUCAAACAUCUCUGUGGGGAAAUUAGUGGAGGCUGGCUGUGUUGCCAACAAUGCAAUCAUCAGGAAGACGACUGUGAUGGGGCAGCCGACUGAAGGGGCCCUAAUAGCCCUGGCAAUGAAGAUGGAACUGAGUGAUAUAAAAGACAUCUAUAUAAGGAAGAAGGAGAUCCCAUUUAGCUCAGAGCAGAAAUGGAUGGCAGUCAAAUGUGCUCUGAAAAACCAGGGGCAAGAAGAAGUCUACUUUAUGAAGGGGGCCUUUGAAGAAGUAAUGAAGCAUUGCACCAUGUAUAACAGUGGCGGCAUCUCCCUCCCAAUGACACCGCAGCAGAAGUCCGUCUAUGUUCAGGAAGAGAAGCACAUGGGAUCACUUGGCCUGAGGGUGGUUGCCCUGGCUUCCGGUCCAGAACUGGGCAGGCUGACAUUUUUAGGUCUUGUGGGAAUCAUCGACCCGCCAAGGCAUGGAGUGAAGGAAGCUGUUCGAGUCCUCAUUGAGUCGGGUGUUUCGGUGAAAAUGAUAACCGGAGAUGCCUUGGAAACAGCCCUCGCCAUUGGACGAAAUAUUGGCCUCUGCAAUGGGAAAAUGAAAGCUAUGUCUGGGGAGGAACUGGAGAACACCACAGAAUCAGCACUAUCGUCAACCGUCAAAAAUGCUUUGCAACAGACCGGCGCCAUUGUGGGGAUGACGGGAGAUGGAGUGAAUGACGCAGUGGCUCUGAAAUCUGCUGAUAUUGGGAUUGCAAUGGGGCAGGCAGGCACAGAUGUCAGCAAGGAGGCGGCAAACAUGAUCCUUGUCGAUGACGACUUCUCAACCAUCAUAAGUGCAAUCGAGGAAGGGAAGGGCAUCUUUUACAACAUUAAGAAUUUUGUUCGGUUUCAGCUCAGCACGAGUAUCUCAGCACUGAGUUUGAUCGCUCUGUCAACAGUCUUCAAUUUGCCAAACCCGCUCAACGCUAUGCAAAUCCUGUGGAUCAAUAUCAUAAUGGAUGGGCCCCCAGCGCAAAGUUUGGGCGUUGAACCGGUGGACAAAGAUGCCAUCAAGCAACCUCCAAGGAGCAUCACUGAUACGAUUCUCAGCAGGUCUCUGAUUCUGAAGAUCUUCCUGUCAGCCACCGUUAUAAUAAGUGGAACCAUGUUUGUCUUUUGGAAAGAGAUCCCGGAAAGUGGCAUAACGCCACGGACCACAACAAUGACUUUCACUUGCUUUGUGUUCUUUGAUCUCUUCAACGCCCUGACAUGUCGUUCCCAGACAAAACUGAUACUAGAAAUUGGUCUUUUCCGAAACCGCAUGUUCCUGUAUUCUGUCUUGGGGUCUAUUUUGGGUCAAAUGGCUGUUAUUUACAUCCCUCCACUACAGAAGAUCUUCCAGACUGAGAAUUUAGGAGCACUAGACUUGCUGUUCCUCACGGCCCUGGCUUCUUCUGUUUUCUUCCUCUCUGAACUGAUCAAAGUGUGUGAGAAAUAUUGCUGCGCCCCAUCAAAGACGGACAGCAACAUCCAACUGGAAGCUGUGUGACCAAAAUAAAUCAGACUUCCCUUGUUGUGGAAUGCUGUUGGAAUGGAACUGUGAUCUAGGACAAUUCACAGGGGACAAGUGGAGCUUUUUAUAUACCUCUCAAAAUUCCCAACCAUCUCUACAUCCCAGCCCUGUCACCCACCGAUCAUAUUUCUUCCAUGUCACCGUCUAGUCCAUUGUUAAUAGUUUUGAAAGGCGGCUUGUGUUGCUCCCCUUUAUCUCUCAGCUUACAAGAGUGUCUUCUGCAGGGCCAGAGAAUGGAGCAGGAGAACCAAAUGAAAUAACCACAGCACCAUCUUUAUUUAUUUAAGUUGCAAUUACUUCUUUUGUUAAUAAAAUGUGCCUUCUAGGGGCUAAUAUGGCGUA